AUGUCAUCGUACCUUUUUAUGCGCAAAAGAAUAAAUCGCAGUACAUUACGGAAAAUGGAUAAAAAAUCUGAUAUCGAAAGUAAUAUAUCCAUUGACAGUUUAGAAGAAAAUUUUAAUCAGAAAACUUCUAUUAAAGAUGAAGAAGAAAAUAUUGAAACUAUACUCGUACCUUUUUACGAACGAGAUAUACUGAUAAAAAUUCCAAAGGCACAAAAAAGGGAUCAAAUUCCAGAGGAUCGACGUACUUCAAAACGAAACGUGCAGAAAGCUCAACCGAUAAAAAGCUAUCUAGUUAAUAAGGAAAAGCAUAACUCUAGACGCAACUCAUAUUUGGAAUUAUUUCGCAAAAAGAAUAUUUCUAAAGAAGGACAUAAUGUAGCUAUCGAACAAGAAAUACGCUCGCUAUCACCAGAAUUUGGUGAUACGGAAAGGGAAAGUAUUGACGGGGACGUAAGUAAUCCAUCCAAAGAAUUCCUUGAUACAGAGUCAUAUAAUGAGAUGUAUUAUGAACAAAUAAUGCAACAAGAACUACAUCAAUAUUUUGAUCAUUCAUUGAAUGACGAACGCUUUAAACUAGAUUUUCAAAAUAAAUUCACAACAGAAAAAGAUAACCUAAGAAGCGUUUCCGAAAACUCACUACCCAAGCGCUCCAUGAGGAGAACUUCUGUUGAACCUAUUCAUAACAUUAAGCUAGGAGGAUUAGGUCCAGAUUUGGAAAAAAUUAAGCCAAGGCUAGAAAGAGCCCGAAGUCUUCAGAGAUAUUCCGAAAAGGUGAGGAUGGAAAAUCGAUUAAAAAUUUACAAGAAGACAGUAGAAAAAGAAAAACAUGAAAAAAAAGUUUCAUCAAAACAAAAUGGUGUAAAGGAAACUCCAAAAGUACACACAGAAGCGAAUGGUUCUUCAUACCUUAUUAAAAAAUCCCCGAAAGAUAAAUGCUCAUCUAAAUUGCUAAGACAAAAUUAUUGUUCAAAAUCAGCAGGUGUACACGGGGAAAAAAAUAUGAAAAUUAAUAAAUCGAAAUUCAAAUCUAACAAAGAAGAAUGUAUCACUAAUAACUUACAAGAUAUUGCUGAAAGCAAAGAGUCACGGCCCAAGUCGACAGUAUUAAAUCAGAAAGAAAGGUCAAAAGUUGAAUCUGUGCUAAGAAAUAAAUCUAAUGCUAAAAGUUGUAAAGGAGUAAACACGGAUGAUCAAUCAACUGAUCGUACGUCACCGCUUCAGAUAAGUUUCAUGGUUAACUUUGGUGGAAUGAAUCCUUCGAAUACUCUGAAAACACUCGAGGAAAAGCAUAGAAUGUAUCAGGAGAAAGUUAAAAAAUUUACUAAGCAAAAGGAAAAUCUUUUCUGA